AUGACUAUGCCAGGGUCCAAGAAUCCUUAUCAGUCGAUAGCCGACGCGGAGCUAUGCUCCGAGGAGUUUGCAGAGAAAGAGGACAGGAGAGAUGAUUUGAGCAGGCUCAGGCAAGAGUUUGUCAUUCCCUCAAAAGGCGAUCUCAAGAGCAAGCAGUAUGGGUUCCAGCAAAAAAAAGCAGAAGCAGAAGCAGAAGCAGAAGCAGAAGCAGAAGCAGAAGCAGAAGCAGCAACACAGAACGACGACAACGAGGAUUCGAUCUACUUCUGUGGCAACUCACUCGGUCUGCAACCCCGGAAGACAAAAGACUACGUGAACAGGUAUCUGGACACCUGGGCCUCAAAAGCUGUCUUUGGCCACUUUACAGACUAUGAGGGAGGCUUGCCACCAUGGCUUCACCUGGACGAUGCAACUAAGCAGCAAUCAGCUAAGAUUGUUGGCGCACUGCCGAGCGAGGUCGUGGUCAUGGAGACGUUGACGGCGAAUCUGCAUCUUCUCAUGUCAAGCUUCUACCGACCAACUGCAGACCGGUGGAAGAUCAUCAUCGAGGGCAAGGCGUUCCCAAGCGACCAUUAUGCUGCACUCUCUCAAAUCGCCCAUCACAAUCUCGAUCCGUCCGCCCUCAUCACCAUCGAGCCACCCUCGGCCGCCUCGCCCUACCUUUCAACCGAGCAUAUUCUGUCUGUGAUUUCGAAACAUGCUGCCACAACCGCCCUCAUCCUGCUGCCAGGCAUACAAUUCUACUCGGGCCAGUUCCUCGACAUCGAGCUCAUAACCCGCCACUGCCACUCCAACGGCAUCCUCAUCGGCUGGGACCUCGCCCACGCCGUUGGCAACGUGCCCGUGAAGCUUCAUGACUGGAACGUCGACUUUGCAGCAUGGUGCAACUACAAAUACAUGAACGGCGGUCCAGGCGUGAUUGGCGGUCUUUUCGUUCAUGAGCAGCACGGUAGAGUCGAGGAACGUACUAUAGCCAAGUCAGAUUUUACAGAUGGUACCAAAAGGAAAUUAAACAGUAACAACAGCGCACCAAAGCAACAAAACGACAGCCAGCUGUCCUAUCGCCCUCGUCUAAGUGGCUGGUGGGGUAGCGACAAAAGUUCCCGCUUCGCCAUGGAAAACAAAUUCGUCCCCAUCCCCGGCGCCAGCGGCUUCCAGCUCAGCAACCCGUCAGCCUUGGACAUGACAUCCGUGCUUGCAUCGCUCGAUGUCUUCUCUCUGACCACCAUGGACGCUCUGCGCGAGCGCAGCGUACGAUUGACUGGCUACCUGGAAGCGCGACUCCUGCGGUACGACGGCGGAAAGCCACCGUAUACCAUCAUCACGCCAUCAAACCCCGCCGAGCGUGGCGCGCAGCUCAGCGUGCUCCUCAACCCGGGACUGCUUGACAGCGUGCAAGCUUAUAUCGAGGAGCGUGGUGUCGUGGUCGAUGAGCGGAAACCAGAUGUCCUAAGGAUUGCGCCUGCGCCUCUUUACAACAAUUUCCACGACAUUCACCGCUUCAUCACAGUGUUCCACGAGGCUUGUCGCAGAGCUGUUGCCGGGAAGAUUCAGUCGCGCGGCGAGAGCGGCGUGCCCGAGGCGAUUGCUGCAACGUAA